UUCCAAGUCACCUGGGUGUGAAUGUUCAUCUUUUUGACUGUUGUCAUAGUCAUCUGUUCAAUUUUUUUUCAUUUCCCUUUUCUGACUAAAGCCGGAGGGAUUAACAAAAUCUGGUUUUGGGUUUUGAUUCUUCUGGAGAUUGAUAAUCCUGAGAGAAGGACUAUGGCUGAAUCUCUUCACAUAGAUGUUAAACAAGAUGAUGAUAAUGGAAGUGAGAAGGCAGAUCGCUUCGCUCAGAAGGUUAGUAGCCUGGAAAGGAUCUUCCUCAUUGCCAACUUCAUCUUGGAGCUUCCAUCAGCUGCUUUUGAUCAGUUAUCCUCAGUGCAUAAGCCCCAGUAUGCACUCCUUAGUAUGUUAAUUUCUUUCACAGUCCUGAUCAUUUCCAUUAUUGAUCUCGUUUAUAAGGGUCGAAAAGAAAGAGUAACUUGGAUGAUUAGAGGGCUGAUACCUUGGUUUUAUUAUCCAUACCCAAAUUCCAAGCCUUUUGGGACAUUUCCUGAUAUUAUUGGAUUAGUUUGCGCUGUUUUUCAAUUCAUUUUUGCAGCAAUAUCAUAUGCUUUUUUGUCUCAGCAUUCUGAUAAUCCUAUCAAAGUAUCGGUUUGGCCUGUAUUCUUUGCCUUUGGUCUAUUGUCUUCUAGACUUUCGGGGAAUACUACACAAAGGCCAACCCCACAUCUAAGGAGAGUGUAUAGGGUAGAGGAAUUUUCUCUGGCUCAACUUGCUGCUGCAACCAAUGAUUUCUCAAUAGAGAACACGAUUGGAAUAGCCCAUCCUUAUGCUCUUUACAUAGGGAAACUGCCAGAUGGUAGUGAGGUGGCUGUUAGCAGAAGGGACACAGGUCAUCAGAAAAAGAAGUUUCAGGAGGAAGACAGUUAUUUUGAAAAUGAAUUAACAUUCUUGUCGAGACUUCACCAUAAACAUUUGAUUAGGCUUGUUGGAUAUUGUGAAGAAGAUAAUGAGAGGAUUUUAGUUUAUGAGUACGUAAAGAAUGGAUCUCUACAUGACCUUUUACACAAGAACAAUGUUGACAAAAAAAGUAGUGUGAUCAAUUCUUGGAAAAUGAGGAUCAAGAUUGCAUUAGAUGCUGCUAGAGGAAUUGAGUAUCUUCACAAUUAUGCAGUCCCACCGAUAAUUCACGGUGAUAUCAAGUCUUUUAAUAUCCUGCUUGACGUAAAUUGGGCAGCAAGAGUUUGUGAUUUUGGAAUGUCAAUGUUGGAUGCUGAAUCUGAAAGCAAUUACAAACCAAAGAAGGCAAUGGGAACAGAUGGAUACAUAGAUCCUGAGUUCUAUAGUCGAAAUGUAUUAACUGCAAAAAGUGAUGUGUAUAGUCUUGGUGUAGUAUUACUAGAACUUUUGACAGGCAAGAGAGCUGUGUUCAAGGAUGAAGACAAUGGAGGUGCAACAAGUCUAGUGGAUUUUGCAGUACCUAAAAUUUUAGCCAAUGAAUUGGUCAAGGUUUUGGACAACAGGAUUGGUCCACCAAAACUUGUUAAAGAAGCAGAGGCAGUGGAACUUGUGGCAUAUACUGCACUUCAUUGUGUAAAUUUAGAAGGGAAUAACAGGCCAAGUAUAACUAACAUUGUUGCUAAUUUGGAGCAAGCUUCAUCUCUAUGUGAUGUUCGUAAUGAAGGAUUACCAAUAGGUGCAGAAGAGUUGCAUGGUAGAUCAAAUGAGGAGGUGGCAAAUUCCAAUGGAACAGAGAAGCAUCACUCAGAAGUUUUAGAAAGGCAACAAUAAUUCUGCCAUCGAAUGAACAGAUCGUUUCUACUUUUAACUGAGGUUUCAGCUUACUGUAGUUUCCUUUAACAUUUAGAAUCUUAUUUUCUCGAGCUGUAAGGAUUCAUUUUCCAAAUUGAACUUCUAAUACAAAGAUAUACUGAAGUAUGAAUCAUUUCCACAUGCAUUUCCAUUGAUAAGACCACACAACUCAUAGCUUUUAUAGACUUUCUUGAAG